UGGAAAAGUGUUGGGGUGAACGGCAGAACCACAAACCAGGCAACAAGGUUCAGUGACGGAGUGGAUAUGUAUAUACUACGUAAUGUAGACUACACUUUCCUCAUUCUGUUGCUGGCUUGGUAGUUUGAAUAUCUCUACCACAACAACCGACCUUGUUGAACUUGUGACAAGUACCCAUACAGAGCUUCUACACGUUGUCUGUCGAACGGGAUGGCGGGAAGAACACUGACGCCCAAAGACAUGGGGGGAGAUGGAAGAGAGCCGGAUGCUGAGAACUGCGAGUUUCCCAUGUUUUGCCCACCAGAUAUUCAACCAAAUACCCGUAUCAUAGCGCUGUGCGGAGUCAACGAUUGGCGCGAUAAUGCCUCUCCCCAGGCGGAUGGGUGGUUCUUUUCUGACUUCUACUUAUUCCAUCACCUUCUGGCGGACGGUGACACAUUCCGCUCAGCUAACCAGCUAUGGUUGACCUGUGUCGACCCGAAAAUACUUGUUUCAAAGUACAAAGAAUUUGUUCAUGGUAGUAGAAGUGGUGAGCGUCGAGUCGUCCUCGAUGAAACAUUCCUGGAUGGAAUCGAGGCCAGUCACAACAUCCGGGUCAUCCCCGCAAAGGAUUUACUGGAGCGAUUCCUGGCAACCCUGCGGUCGGAAACACAGAUUGCCGCGAGAGAAGAUCAACCGGUUCUGGUUUUCGUGUUUGGGCACGGCGAUGCAGGCACCUUUGGGGUUUCAGUUGGUGGCGAAGACCGGGUGGACCAAGCCCCAAGACUAACAAGGCAGAAGUUUGCCUCUGCAACCAGAAGGGGUGUCAAGCUAACACUCGUGAUGACAUCCUGUUACUCUGGCGGGUGGAUUCUCCAGCCUGUUGGGGCAUCAGUAUUGGCGCCCGCCAAAAAGCUCAAUAUUUCGGGGAUGACUGCUGUCAAUGCUGAGGAAACCAGCGUUUCAUGGGUAUGCAGCCAGUCCUGCGGACGGGCGGGUGGUUCAAUAUAUGCCACUUCGGUUCUCAAUGCCCUGGUCAACAUGGCAAAAGUCAGCAGUCAAGAUCCCACCCAUCCAGUCCUUUAUGACGACGAGGAGCUAAGUGCAUCGCCGACGUAUAUUAACAUGUGUAGCUCCGUAUACGAAGCAUACAAAAAUAAUGACCCCUUCUAUGGGAGUCAUGGGAUUUCCUUCUCCGCGCAAGAUGACCGAUGGAAUCUUGAAUGGAGGAAACGCUCUGGUUUUCCGCUCCUUAAUUAUCAAGCGAAAUGGGAAGAAUUACGUGAAGUCGACGUGUCCCCAUCGCCCGCAGAUGAAACCCCAGACUUGACAGCUGCCUUGGGGUUUGCCGGUAGUAUUGGUCAGGGUUACCAUAAUGUUAUCCAGGCCAAGGCUGCAGUCUACAUGAACUCAUUUCCUGGCCCAGACAACAUUGGACCGAAUGUCGCACAUUGGGAUCUUAAACAACUGCUUCAAGGAAAACAGUAUGACAAGGAAAUUCUCAUGGAUCUCAACGACAUGCUUGAUUACCGCCUGUCAACCAUCACACUAGCCUCACAUUAUGUGUCGUUUCUAGAUCUUCAGUUUCCUGAAGGUCUAGUAUUUGAUACAGAGACUUGGCGGAACAACCUAGCCUUAGAGGUGGCAAAAGAUGAUCACUGUGAAGAUGCUAAAUCCAAACUGGAAAGGUUCACGGAUAUCCGCCGACAUAUCAUGAAUGUAAAGGUGUUUGACAAACCUCUGGGUUCUCAAGGCUUUUUCUACACCAAGCCCCCCGAGUACCUUGCUAUUGCACUUGUGGAUUCAUCAUUAAGUAUGGAUGAGAUCCGUGUCAAAAUCGACAGUUUAGUGAGACUGAAGAAUGGAGCUCAGCAAUUCCUCACGACAAUGCCACUUGCUGAGGCCAUGAUGGAAACUGAUAAUGUGAUACGACACCGUGACAGGUUCUUUGAAUCUGUUAGGAAGUUUGGUAGUCGCUUGAGGUCAUUAUCUCCUAGCAAGCGUCCUCGGAAGCCUUUACCAUCUUGAGAAAGCAGGUAGUGUUCAGGCGCUCUAUUAGGAAGUUAGCAAGCGUGGUUAGUAAGAAAAGGCAAAGUGUCGAGUUUAGGGCAGCGUGUGGGUGUUUCUCUCAGGUCUUCGGAUUGUUUAUCUUUUAUUGAACUGCUUGUUGUGAAUGUCCAAUCAAUUCUUCGCUGUCAUUGAUGGGUUUUCAGCCAUGACUGGAAAAGGGAACGCUGGUUCUGCUAUUACUACUACUAGUAUUAGCCUUUAUAGAACAAACAGCAGCAGCUUG